AUGUUCGUGGAGGACAUGUCACGGCUGUUCAGGCGAGCUGACUUUUCUAUGACGAAAGAGAAGGAGGUGCACCCCCUGAUGCUGGAAGAGAACGCGAACACCACGCUCAAAGAGCUGCUCAUCAGCCGCCUCACGCCGUCGGAGCCUCAGCGAUUGCAGCAGCUACUGCACGACACCGAGCUAGGGGACCGGACGCCCAGUCGAUUGUUGCGCCACAUGAGGCAGCUGUUGCACGCGGUCGGCGCUACCACGACCGAUGCCGACAGCAGACUGCUUCGCGAGCUGUUUCUACAGCGACUUCUGGUCAACGCGCGCAUGGUCCUCGCCUCGGCUGCCGACAAACGCCUGUCUCAACUCGCCGAGCUAACGGACUCUGUUCUGGCAGUCGCUCCACCGUCCGUCGCGACGCUACAGCCAGACACUGCCGGCCACGCGCCUACAACCGCACUGCUUGACAUCCGGGAGCAGAUAUCCCGCUUCGCCGAUACCAUCGCAGCGGCGCAGCCCCGCAGCACUCCCGUGGAGCGCCAUCUUCCAGCAGCGCAACAGAGAACCUGCUGGUAUCACAGGAGGCAUGGCAGUGCUGCUCGCAAAUGCAUCCCUCCUUGCGACUAUGCGGGAAACGGGAGCGGCUGGCAUUGA